AUUGACUAUCUCUUCAUAUAAAUAAGAGUAGUGCUUUGUGACCAGAGGAUCUACAGAGGUGUACGAUAAAGUGUUACAGAAUGCUGCUGGUUCACCUGUGCACACUGCUGCUCAUCAGCUCAGCGCUGAGUCUCCCAGUGGAAGAUCGAGACCUGGACAAAGAGUUCAAAGAAUGGAAGAUAAAGCACGACAAAGUGUACAACUCACCGGCGGAAGAAGCUGAGCGCAGGGCUAUCUGGGAGAAGACACUUCGACAGGUGGAGGCCCACAACAAGGAGGCUGACCGGGGUCUGCACACGUACUGGCAGGGCUUGAACCAGUUCAGUGACCAGAAAGAAGAAGAAUGGAAACCAUGUUUACUUCCUGAUAUCCCAGAAGAGCCCAUGAGACAAUUUCCGGGUUUGUACAUUCCACGUGACAUUCCCAACCAGAACAGCACUGAGGAGUUAGGAAACAACGCCACAGCUGUCUAAUGUGUCUAAACCACUGAAUACAGUCAAAAAUCAUAUAUUUCAAACACAAUUUGUUUUCCCUUUUCUGUAAUUUAUGUUUUUAAAUGUUGUCUUUAAU